AUGAGCCAGUUCGGGCUGGGGGCGUCCAACAGCCACUGGGGCUACGGCUCGGCACCCUACUCCCCCUACCUGACGGGCGCGGCCGCCGGGCUGGCGGGCAGCUGCGCCUCCACGGGCGUCGGCUUCAACACGCCGGCGCUCGGCUUCUCCGCCGACCAGGGCUCCACCACGGCGCACGACGCCUUCGCCUCGCCCUCCACCGUCUCCUCGCUGCUGCCCGACACGACAACAGCGACGGCUGACCUGGAUCAGCACCUCGGCCUGGUGAGUGCCCAGCAGCAGCAGCAGCAGCACGGGGGCGGCGUCGGCCACCACCAGACGGGCGCCGCAGACACCACCGGUUCUGCGGGGGCCAACACGGCGAACGGUGCCGCCGGAGGAACCAGUAACGGCGCGGGCAAUCCCCAGCAGCAGCAGCAGCAGGAGCGCGUUGGCUCCGCGGGCUCGGCGGGGUCCAGCGCUGCCGGUCUGCUGGUUCCGCGCUAUCCUUCGUCUGCAGACUUUGGGCUCGUCACCUCGGGGCCGCGCUCGCUAAGCGACUCCUCGGCAGGCGAAUCGCCAGUCGGCAGCAGCGACGACCUGCUGGGCGCCGGCCAGCACAACGGCGGUGCCGCGCCCUCCUUCUCCUCGCUGGUUCCGGGACACCACCACCAUCACCACCACCACCAGGCGGCCACCACCGGAGGCGCGGCUGCCGCGCCUUACGCCAGCUCCGGCGGGUCCAACCUGUACCUGGGCGCGCCGGUGCUGCCGGCGUCGCUGCUCUACUCGCAGCUCUACUCGGCCGCCAGCGGCCAUCAGAAUCACCACCACCACCACCACCACCAUCAGUUCCACCACCCUCUGCACCACCACCAUCACCACCAGGACCUGACGGGCGCCACGGCUACCGACGCCAUCGCGCCGUCGGUGGCUGGCCCCUUCGCUGUUACGGCUCCCUCCGAUGGAGGACCCCCUCUGGGGUGGCAGGGGGAGAAACCAGAAGGGUGGGGCGGCGGUGCUGCCACGUCACCGGGCCGUCGUUAA